UUAUAUAAGAGCAGAUCUUUGUCUUGUUCAGCAGCUCCACACAGGACGGCUGAAGAUACUCACUGGUACUGAAAAGAAUUAUCAGAACAUCAUUCUGCAGCAGGUCAUCAUCAACUUUCAUAUCUGCAACAUCUCUACCAUGAAGAUGCUCACUGUGACUUUCUUAGUGUGCACCAUGAUGGUGCUGACCCGAGCUACCCCUCUUCCACAAGCAGAGGACCAACCUGAGCCAGUGGAAACUACAGUAGAAUCUACUACAGAUGCAGACAGCUGGACAACAGGUCCAAAAGAACCAGAUGACAACCAUGACGGCUAUGAACUGUCUUGUUCUGAUGGUUGGACUAUGUGCAGAACUGGAGUGUGUUGUCUCCGCUACGUUGCAGAACACUUGACUUGGACUGAAGCGGAGCGAAACUGCCAGUCCGGGAUGGGAACCCUUGCAAAUGUCAUUGAGACUUUGGAUGACAUUUAUGAUGUGAUGAAGACUGCCGGUCAUAAGAAUGGGCAAAUUUGGGUUGGAGCCUGUAAUACUUCUGAGGAUCCUGAUUGGCCCAUGAGUAUGAUUCACGGGCGAGCAACAUAUGCGCCCCACUGUUUGCAAGUAGGAGCUGAUACAGAUGCAGAUUACAAAUUCAGGACAGCAGAAACUACGGAAGAAAGUGGAAAUGCACAUGGAUGCUUAAAUGAAACGCAGUGUGAUGCUCGUCUCCCCUCAGUCUGCAGCGUUAUUCUGAUGUGAUUCCUGGGCUGAAACAGAGGCAUGGUCGAGCUGUACAAAGCACAAACUCCUGGUCGAUGUGUUUUCAUGCUAUCAAUUUCAUAUAUAACCAGAAGGAUCAUUAUCUCAUUUGACAUCUUUCUCUCUUUUCUAUCGCUGUAACGCUACUUAAGGAAUGAAGCGACAGGUGACAUAAACAGGAGCUGGAUUGUUUCUGAGACCUUGUGUCUUUAAUAAGAGCAAACUGAAUGUGUUAUGAAAAGAUUUAUUUUAGCAAAGCCUUAUUCUGAAGAGUUAUUUGUUCUUUCUUGACUUUUUCAAAAUUAAAAGUGCAUCAUCAUUGAAA